AUGGAGCCAAUUCAUGAAGAGUUCCACGAAUCAGAGCUGUUCCCCGAAGUCGCUCGUGAGGCUAAUAGCGAGGACAUUGAAGAUGAAGAAUCACCGACGGCAGAACAGGGAGAGGAGCAACCAGAUGAUUAUGGCUUGAGUAGUGCCAAGAGCUCCUUGACAAUCACAGCUUUAGACACAGGCGCUGAGCUGCCACACCAAGCGGCUGACGGACCAGAUGACCAGCAGCCAGGGUUUCGUCCCAUUGCUGCGUCGAUGCCUGCAUCAAGCUCUCACAUCCGCAUGGGGUCGUCUGUCCCGGUGAGCAUUCCCCACAUGAACCGGUGGAAGAAACCAGAGGCACAGCCGGAUAGUCCCACGGCCCAGUACGCGCCGGCAACGUUUGUGCCGCCGCAUCAGUUGUCCCAAGUCAACGAGUUCAUGUUUUCUUUCACGGGUGAAAGUCCCAGCGUUGCGAUCAAGCGCGAUCGCUUGCGCGUGCGCAAUGCCAUCCUGAAGUCAACGGGCUUUCUAGAGCCGGGCGUUGAGCAGGUGAACAACAUCGGGCUACAGGAACGUAACCGGCUGGCCGUGGCAGCGGGUGGGCUCAGCCAGGCCCUUCAGCAGCAUGGUACUGUCUUGGGGAGCAUAGCUGCGGCGGUGAAGACGUCGUCAUGA